AUGAAGAUAUUUCAACUAGUAAGAGAUACAAGUGGUAUUGUUCAUCGAUUAGUUGUUGAUUUUGAACUUAUUUUUUUCAAUGAACAAAAAUAUUCUUCAAUUCAACGUUUGAUUUAUAAUUGGUGGUGGUUAAGUUUACCUUAUGCAUUCAUUUAUAUCAUUACUAUAUUUAUUGGUCAAGCAUGGAUGAUCAGGAAAAAUAAAAAAUUUGAAUUACGACAAGCAUUAAUACUGUGGAAUAUUAUUCUUACAAUAUUUAGUUUUUGGGGUGCAUGUCGAUGUAUACCUGAAUUUAUAUAUGUAUUAACUCAACAUGGAUUUAUGUAUUCAAUAUGUGAUUCAGCAUAUAAACAAGGUAUUACUGGUUUAUGGGUUUGUUUAUUUAUGGCUUCGAAAGUACCGGAAACAUUAGAUACAUUAUUUAUUAUAUUACGACGACAACAAUUGAUUUUUCUUCAUUGGUAUCAUCAUGCUUCAGUACUUGUAUAUUGCUUUUAUAGUUAUGCAUUUUUCGCUUCAACGGGUCGUUGGUUUGUAUCAAUGAAUUAUUGUGUUCAUACAAUCAUGUAUGGCUAUUUUGCAUUACGAGCUGCUCGUGUUCGACUUCCUCGAUUUGUUCAAGCAUUUGUAACGUUUCUUCAAAUUAUUCAAAUGAUUGUUGGUUGCAUAGUAAAUGUAGCUGCAUUUAAUUAUAAACAAGAAGGAUAUUCAUGUGAUACUACGAAUACAAAUAUUAUAUUAUCAUUAGUACUCUAUAUUUCUUACUUCAUUCUUUUUGCACAUUUCUUUGGUAUGGCCUAUUUGCGUAAAGAUUCAAAGAGAAAAGUCAAGGAUAGAAUUGAUUAG